UCACUUCAUCUCUCACAAUCUCCCACUUCUCUCUUCAACAAGGCCUCUCUGAACAUCAUUAUCAAAUCUCUCACCAUCCUCAAUUGCUCAAAAUCUGAACCCCCAAUUUCACGAAGUUGAGUUGAGAGACAAAAUGGGUGGUCUCUAUGAGAGCAACAACAACCCAUCAUCUGGUUCUCAGUACCACACACACAAGAUCUUCCUUCUCUGUAACUACAUCCUCUUGGGUGCAGCCUCUAGUUGCAUUUUCCUCACCAUCUCUCUCCGUCUCGUCCCCUCCCUUUGCGGCUUCUUCCUCAUCUUCCUCCACAUCCUCACCAUUCUCGGGGCCAUUUUCGGCUGCACCGCCGUCUCUGAUGGGUCAAACAAGUGGUAUGGUGCUCACAUGGUGGCCACGGUUCUCACCGCGAUAUUUCAGGGCUCGGUCUCCGUGCUCAUCUUUACCAGGACCUCUGAUUUCUUGGGACAGUUGAAAUCUUAUGUUAGGGAAGAGGAUGGUGAUGUGAUUUUGAGAUUGUCUGGUGGAUUGUGCAUUUUGAUCUUUUGUUUGGAGUGGGUUGUUUUGGGCCUUGCUUUUGUGUUGAAGUACUAUGCCUUUGCAGAGGUGAAUGGUGGUGGUGGUGUGGCAAUGAGCAAAAGUAGCAAAGUUCACCAGGAGGAGAAUACCAGCUACUGGCCUUGGCAAUUUCAAGUCUAGCUAGACUAGACUAAAGCUGUGUUAUUGUGUCUCAAUUUUUAUGUGUUGGAUUUUUUUAAUUGGUAAUUAAGCACUAUUCAUUCAUAUGUAUGUGAUUUGAUGAUAUAUUAAUACAUGGUUCUUGAUUGUAUU